AUGGCAAAGUCCAUCAUCCUCACUGGUCUGGCCCUGGCACUGCUUGCUCAGCUGGGCUCCGCCUACUACCUGACGUGCUACUUCACCAACUGGGCCCAGUACAGGCCAGGCCUGGGGAGCUUCAAGCCCGACAACAUCGACCCCUGCCUCUGUACUCACUUGAUCUAUGCUUUUGCGGGAAUGAGUGACAAUGAGAUCACCACAACGGAAUGGAAUGACGUGACCCUCUACAAAUCCUUCAAUGGUUUGAAAAACAAAAACAGUGAACUGAAGACUCUCCUGGCCAUUGGAGGCUGGAACUUUGGAACUGCCCCAUUCACCACCAUGGUUUCCACUUCUGAGAAUCGCCAGACCUUCAUCAAAUCAGUCAUUAAAUUCUUGCGCCAGUAUGAGUUUGAUGGGCUGGACUUUGACUGGGAGUACCCUGGGUCUCGAGGCAGCCCUGCUCAGGACAAGGACCUCUUCACUGUCCUGGUCAAGGAAAUGCGUGAAGCCUUUGAGGAGGAAGCCAAGCAGAUCAACAAACCCAGGCUGAUGGUCACUGCUGCUGUGGCUGCCGGCAUCUCCACCAUCGAGUCUGGCUAUGACAUCCCCCAGCUCUCUCAGUAUCUGGACUUCAUCCAUGUCAUGACCUACGACUUCCAUAGCUCCUCGGAGGGCUACACUGGAGAGAACAGCCCCCUGUACAAAAACCCCAGUGACACCGGCAGCAACACCUACCUCAAUGUGGAUUAUGUUAUGAACUAUUGGAAAAACAAUGGUGCCCCAGCUGAGAAGCUCAUUGUUGGAUUCCCAUCUUACGGACACACCUUCAUCUUGAGCAAUCCUUCUGAAACCGGCAUUGGUGCCCCUACCUCUGGCCCUGGUCCUGCUGGGUCCUACACCAGGCAGGCUGGCUUCUGGGCUUACUAUGAGAUCUGCCCCUUACUGAAGGAUGGUGCGACUCAGGUGUGGGAGGCUUCUGAGGACGUCCCCUAUGCUUACAAAAGCAGUGACUGGGUUGGUUAUGACAACCCCAAGAGCUUCCAAAUCAAGGCUGAGUGGCUGAAGAAGAAUAACUUUGCAGGAGCCAUGGUCUGGGCCAUUGAUCUGGAUGACUUCACUGGGACUUUCUGUGACCAGGGAAAAUUCCCCCUGAUCAACACCUUGAAGAAAGCCCUGGGUCUGGAGAGCACAAGCUGUACAGCCUCAGCUGCAAACACAUCAGCUUCCAGCAGUGGCGGAAGUGGCAGCUCAGGUGGGAGCAGUGGGAGCAGCAGUUCUGGGAGCAGCUCUGGGAGCAGCGGAUUCUGCGCUGGCAAAGCUGAUGGUCUCUACCCUGUGGCCAAUAACAAGAAUGCUUUCUGGCAUUGUUUGAACGGCAUCACCUACGAGCAGUAUUGCCAGUCUGGACUUGUCUUUGACACCAGCUGUGAGUGCUGCAACUGGGCAUAA